GGGCCGAACACACCGCCGGACAAGUAGCAUUUAUUUCGCACAUCGUCAUCUGCCGCCCAAAACCCUUCGAAGGAAGCCUCAACAAUCUUUCAGACUUGGGGACCGGGGACGACGUAUUUGUAUACACUCUCGACAUCCUUUGUAGGAAACAAACACCGCAACCACUCAAAGAGUCGAAAACAUUGAACAUCUUAGAUUUCCGCCAAGUUGAUAUAUUUCCGCAUCGGGUAGCCACAACCGGAAUACACCAACGGUCGAUCAUGUUGGCGCUACGAAGUAGGAAGGACUCAAUCACGUAGAACUCUAUCCAAACUUUCCUCUCUCUCUCCCCCCUUAUUAUACCUUGCGACGAAACGGACAAUCGUUCGUCGCAAUGGCACCUUUCUCGGCCGGCAUGGCCAAUGCAGUGCACGACCUUCGUCUCGAAUCUCGAGGUCUCGGCGGAAACAAUACAGGGACCACGCUUUCGAAAUCAGCUUCGCAAGGAAACACGCUGCAAAUCCUGGCCUGUACUUUCUCAGCUAUCAGUGUGACAUCUGCCAUGCUCGCUUUUCUAUGGUUUGUCAAGAUGCGAAGGACUUUUAGACAUGACCUCAUCAUGUUGCUGAUCCAGAGUGACAUGUUUAAAGCUCUCUGGUUCAUGAUCUACCCAAUCGUGGUCUUCACUCACGGUCCUGUCCCAGACAGCUCGACUUUCUGCCAAGUCACUGGUUUCUUUCUGUCUCUAGGCAUUGAAGCGUCAGACUUCGCUGCACUCAUGAUCGCUCUUCAUACCGCUUUAUACAUAUUUCGACCGAGAUCCUCCAACGGUGAAGGAGGAUUAUUCCCGUAUCGCCAUAUCGCAUAUACACUCUGGAUCAUCCUCCCAAUUUUAAGUGCUUCGCUCGCAUUUGUCAACAAGGACGACGGCUAUGUCUCCGAUGGGACCUACUGUUAUCUUCCUGUACGGCCAUUCUGGUAUCGACUCGCUCUUGCCUGGAUUCCUCGUUAUAUCAUCUUCAUUUUCAUUCUGGGUAUAUACGCUUCUAUAUAUUACUAUGUGCGAUACAAGUUCAAUGGUUUUGAACACCUGGGGGGCAUGGACGCUGGAACAGUAAACACUGUGAGCUCCGGUGGUCCUCAAAUUCGAGCUGCUAAGCGCACUGUCCCACCUACACCGACUUUGGUCUCUCACGGCCUGAUUCCUGAAUCGAGACAGAGUUCAAUGGCAGAACCUGAUGGAAGGAAGCAAUCGGUAUCGACGGUGGACUCGGCUCGGUAUCCAAGACCUUCUAGAGUCGGGGCUCAUCGAUUUAUAUGGGGAAGCUUCUCGGCGGGCAAUGGACUUCCGCCUACACCACCCUCUGAGACCUCAAACGUUGAUGAAGACUCAUUCACAGGGCCAUCUCCGCCUCACCCCAUUCCACUAACUUCGCUCCACACAAUAACUCCCAGACCAGAGGGUUCCGACGAUUCGAACACUGCGGUGGCUUCUCGAGCGACCUCGUGGAGAGAUGGAUUUGUUCGUAGAUUUUCUCCCGAGCUAAGUGGCAAUUCCAGCACUCAGCAUUCGGUCACGGACAUCUUUACCAUUUUACGCCAUCACCCAGACUCCUCUAAUAAUCUUACACCUGUGUCGCAGCUCCAGCUUAUCAACUCCCGUGGGCAAACAUUCGCUGCUGCUGAGAUGAUUCGUACCCGGGACAAGAUCCGACGCCAGCUGCGCUUCCUGUUCAUCUACCCCUUGGUUUACAUGGGGAUGUGGAUCUUGCCUUUCGUCUCGCACGUCUUGCAAUACGAUGACAGAUUUGCUGUCAAUCCUCCCUUCGGACUUACCUGUGUGACAACGAUCUGCAUAUGUAGCCAAGCAGCAGUUGACUGCUGGCUAUUCUCAACCCGCGAGAAACCAUGGCGACAGAUCCCUGGAACUGAUGGUACCUUUUGGGCAAGUCUUAAGCUGUGGUCUGGAUGGGGGGGCUUAGGCAAGCGUGUAAGGGUUCACGGACCGGGCAAGUCCAGAGAAGAGAUGGCACGAGAAGCUAGAGCCGCGUACCAAAGACGUGAUGAGGAGUUGGCUCAGCGGAGAAAUCAGACGGACUCGAUUGCCAGUGUUGGAGAGGCGCCACGGAGAGGAGAGAGAAGUUGGUGGGAGGCUGUUGGAGCAGAUGGGACAAUGAGCCCCGUCAGCGAAGAGGUCUCCAAUCCGAUGGAAAAUGUUAUUACCAUAACCAGCGAAGGAGUAGCUUCCGAUGAUGCAACCUUGCAGGAACCUGCCACGGAAGUAUCAGAAGGAGAAGAUGGUCGAGUGUCGCCAGGGGGUACUGUGCAUAAUAUACAGGAGGACACACAUACGACAUAGGAGACAGUUACAUAGAAGACACAAUGGCUGCACACAAGGGUUUUGGGCGUAGGGUACUGUUUAAUUUCCAGCGGCAUCUGAAAAGGCGUUUGGGUCUUUAGCAUUGCU